CACUAGCUUGCCAUAGUCGGCCUCGCGCGCCUGUCGCAUCGCUGGCGGACAAUUCUGGUUGCUUGGUCUGAUUACGGACGCCUGAGACGGAGCUCUGCCAGCAGCGCUGCCAGUCUGCCUCUCCCAGGCCCUCUCUUUGUCCUCACAGCAUCUCACAGCCUCACUCACCCACCGGAGCGAUCGCGCGCAUCGUCGUGGUACGCAUUCAGUCUCACUCACGACCGCAUCAAUCGCGCGCAGCCUUAUUUCCAAAACUGCAGACUAAAAAACCGCCGCGCCAAAGCAAGUCGUAGAACGCGAUGUUCAAAAAGCGAACGCUCAAGGGCCAGAAGAAGGCGACGGCGCCGAAAGUCGACGCGCCGGCCGAGGACACCGCCGCCGCCUUGGACGACGCCAAAUUCGCCCAGGAGGCGCGCAAGCGUGCGCGCGGCCUCUCGGCCCAGGCACUAGUGGCCCCGAAGCCCACCAAAGCGGAGGAAGCGCCAAAAGAGCCCGCCGCCGACGCAGACGCGCUCGGCGGCCUCGGCCGCGACUUCGGCGCCUCGCACACUGGCGCGUCGGCGGCGGCCGCGGUCCACGAGAAGGCGCUGGAGGAGUAUCUUGCGAAUCAAGAAGCGCCGGCGGAGCCCGCGCCGGCGCCGGCCGCGAGCCGCGACGACGCGCUCUACGCGGUGCCAAAAUUAGAGGGCCUCGAGGACGUUUCGAAAGAUGCGGAACGCGCCUUCGCCAAGGGUGGGACUCACGGAUUCGGCGUGACGGGCACCGCCGAGGUCGAAGUCGAGACGGAUAGCGCGGCGAACGCGCGCCUUUGCGCUGAAGAGGCCGCGAAGCGGCGGCGCGCCGUGAACGCGCUGCCCGUGUCCUCGGCCAUAUUGCCGGAGGAUCGAGAAAGAAUGCUGGAGUUGCCCCCGGAUCAUGAUGAGUCGCUCAUCGGCAAGCGCGGGCCGCACCUCUGGCGCCGCGGCGACCCCGCCGAGGAGCGGCGGAAGGCGCAGCGGCGGGGGCGCGCGGAGCGGUGCAGAUAAAGUGUGAUUAGUUG